UCAUAUAAUAAGGCAAAUAUAUUUUCCCAAUCUUGCAUUUUUUUUUUGUGAACUUUCAAGAACUAUAAUUCCUUAAAAUUAAGAGCAAUAUUUCAAAAUGGUCUCACCAAAUGUUGAAGAUACUACAAGCUUCACACAUACCUUAGGAACCUUGGUUAAGAAAUCAUGGGCUAAUUUAAUGAAGGUCACAAAUAUGGUAAAAGAGUUUGGCCAAGAUGACCCUAGAAGGGUUAUUCAUUCCUUCAAAGUUGGAUUGGCAUUAGUUUUGAUUUAUAUUUUGCAUCAUUUUCGUCCAUCUUUCUAUGGUUUUGGUGACAACGUAAUAUGGGCCGUUCUUACCGUUGUUAUUGUCCUUGAACUUUCUGUGGGUGCAACACUCGGAAAAGGUUUCAAUAGGAUGUUGGCAACGGGGUUAGCGGGUGCGCUCGGUGUUGCAAGUAACAAACUAGCCACUCUUUGUGGGGAUAAGGGAAAAGUUGUAAUGACUUCAAUCUUUGUCUUUGUGAUUGCUGAAAGAGUGACAUUUAUGAGAUUUUCUCCUAAAUUGAAGGCGAGAUAUGAUUAUGGAAUGAUCAUAUUCAUCUUAACCUUCUGUUUGAUAUCUCUUUCGGAUAUGACUGGUCAUGAACUUCUAGAAAUUGCUUAUGGGAGGUUAUUAACGAUCAUAAUUGGGAGUUGUAUAGCUAUUACAGUGUGUAUUUUCAUAUGCCCUGUUUGGAUUGGAGAAGAUCUUCACAAUAAAAUUGUUGGCAAUAUUGAAAAGGUUGCGGAGUUCUUACAAGGAUUUGGAGAUGAGUAUUUCAACAAUUCUGAGAAUACAGAAGUUGAGAAUGAUAAGCAAUUUCUUGAAAGAUAUAAAAGUGUCCUCUCCUCAAAAAGCAGUGAAGAAACAAUGGCUGUUUUGGCAAGAUGGGAACCUCGUCAUGGACGGUUCAGAUUUCGCCAUCCAUGGAAGCAAUAUUUAAAGAUUGGGAACUUGACACGGUUUUGUGCCUACAAACUUGAAGCUCUUAGUGUAUAUCUCCACAAUUCCAAAACCCCAUAUGAAUUUCGGAGCAGAAUUCAAGAAUCAUGCACAACUAUUAGCAUGGAGUUAGGGAAGGCCCUAAAAGAAUCUUCAUUGAUGAUUAAAAAAAUGUCUAAGUCAUCAACACCUAAAUCUCAUGUUUUAAAUGCUAAAAAUGCUGCUGAAUCUCUUAAAUCUAUACUAAGAACAAAUCCAUGGGAAGGAGCUGAUCAUUUGGAGAUAAUACCGGCUUCUACGGUUGCAUCAUUGCUUAUUGAUAUUGUGAUUUGUGUUGAGCAAAUUUGUGAAGCUGUUGACGAAUUAGCUUCGCUUGCGAAUUUUGUGCCGGCUGAGUUAAUGCAUAGGGGAAUUGUGCAACCGAUUUCUGACAGCAAUGGUUCGGUUCAUGUUGUUACGGUUAGUGAGUGAUUGCGAAGAUUACAUCAUACAAAUUCUCUACAACCGCUACACAGUACAACAACAAUAAAGGAUUUAAAUCCAAAAAUCAAAUAUGGUUGAAGCUAAACACGAAAAGAAGAAAUAGUUACUUAAGAGAUUAGAGAAUAAAGUUGUGUGUACACAAAUUGUUUUGUUCUAAAAUAUUUUAUGUUCAAUGGUGAUAUUUUACACUUCAAUAGCCAUAAACCUCAUUCUCUUUGCA